AUGUCCAGGCAAGACAGCAGUACAGAUGGCCAACCAAACUUGGGAGAUGGAAGCCUGUCCAGCAGCUCAGAGGAGAGGUCCGGAGCGGCGGCAGGAAGGGAAAGACCCUCAGGUAUUGAAGUGGGGACCCCAGAACUGAGCAUGAGAUUGACCAAAGAUGGUGGUACCAGGGAUGGUGGUGUCCCCAGCCAUGCCAGCACAGAAACGCAAGGUACAAACCCAGAAACUUUAAGUGAAGAAAAUGACUUUAACGUUGUGGAGGACUUUGAUCACGUCUUAACUAAUGAUGAAAGUCUAUUCCGUUACCACUUAGAGGAAGAGUUAGAGGACGAGAGAGAGGUGGAGACUGAGGAGACUGAGCAGGAAGAACGGCCUCAGGUACCCGUACAGUGCAGUGAGACCAACCCCCAAGAGUGUUUAACAGAGGAGGAACAGGCCCUGGAGCACUGGGUAUCAUUAGAAACAUCUGCCCUGCCCCGACCGCGCUGGCAAGUCCUUACUGCUCUUCGGGAGCGGCAGCUGGGUUCAAGUGCCCGCUUUGUAUAUGAAGCCUGUGGGGCAAGAGUCUUUGUGCAGCGUUUCUGCCUGCAGUAUGGUCUUGAAGGCCAUGUUGGUUGUGUCAAUACUGUGCACUUUAACCAGCGUGGCACCUGGCUGGUCAGUAGUGGUGAUGACAUGAAGGUGAUGGUGUGGGACUGGGCACGGCAACAGCCAGUACUGGACUUUGAGAGUGGCCACAGAAAUAAUGUCUUUCAAGCAAAGUUCCUUCCUAACUGUGGUGAUUCCACCCUGGCCACGUGUGCCCGUGAUGGGCAGAUACGGGUAGCAGAACUAUCUGCUAUUCCUCACUGCAAGAAUACUAAGUGUGUGGCCCAGCACAAGGGAGCCUCCCACAGGUUUGCUCUGGAGCCAGACUCCCCUUUUAAGUUCCGUACUUCAGGUGAAGAUGGAGUUGUCUUCACCAUUGACCUCAGACAAGGCCGACCAGCUUCAAAAAUGGUAGUGACAAAAGGUAGAGGGAGGAAAGUAGGACUGUAUACAAUCUGUGUGAAUCCUGCUAAUACCUAUCAGUUUGCAGUAGGUGGACAAGAUCCGUUUGUAAGGAUUUAUGACCAGAGAAAAAUAAAUGAGAAUGAGAACAAUGGAGUACUCAAGAAAUUUUACCCUCAUCACCUAGUCUACUGUGAUUCCAAAGCAAUCAUUACCUGCGUUGUGUACAGCUACGAUGGCACAGAGCUCCUGGCCAGCUACAAUGAUGAAGAUAUUUUCCUUUUUAAUUCCUCUCACUGUGAUGGAGCUGAAUAUGUUAAGAGAUAUAAAGGGCAUAGAAAUAAUGCCACAGCCAAAGGUGUCAAUUUCUAUGGCCCCAGGAGUGAGUUUGUGGUGAGCGGUAGUGAUUGUGGACACAUCUUCUUUUGGGAGAAAUCAUCCUGUCAGAUCAUUCAUUUCAUGAAGGGAGACAAUACAGGGACAGUAAAUUGUCUUGAACCCCAUCCUUACCUACCUUUGAUGGCAACCAGUGGCCUAGACCGUGAUGUCAAGGUCUGGGCACCCACAAGUAAAGUUUCCACUGCGCUUUCCGGAUUAAAGGAUGUGAUGAAGAAGAACAAGAAGAAACGAGAUGAAGAUAGCCUGUUCCACACUGGCCAGUUUGACACCCGUGUGCUUCAGUUCCUCCUGCACCACCUGACAGAGAGAGGUCAUCUCCAGCAUGAGGAAGCUGCUGCAGCUGGGUACAUAGAUGACAGCUUGGAUGAUUCUUCCAGCACCUCAGAUUCAUCUGAGGAGAGUGAAGACCGAGUUUAG